AUGAACAGGCCAGUUGAGAAAGGCAGAGGCCUGCGCCAGGUGGUCCUCCCUCAUGAUUUGUGCGAUAAAUUCCUCACUGCAGCAGGAAUGAACACCAAGAAAAAAAUAGAGACAUGUGGUGUUCUAUGUGGAGCCCUGGUUGGAGAGGAAUAUCACAUCAGCCAUAUCCUCAUUCCAGUCCAGGAAGGAGGCCCAGAUUAUUGCUGUGCAAAGCAUGAGGAGGAUCUCUUCAUUAUUCAAGAAGGACUGGGACUUAUUACAUUAGGAUGGAUACAUACCCAUCCAACCCAGACAGCCUUUUUGUCAAGUGUAGAUCUACACACACAUUUUGCAUACCAAAUGAUGCUCCCUGAAUCCAUAGCUGUGGUGUGUGCUCCCAAGUAUAAACAAAUUGGAAUUUUCACACUGACACCUAUUGGACUACAAGAAAUAUCCGAUUGUCCACGGAGAGGGUUCCACGCCCACAGACAGGACACAGCUCUCGACUGCAGUCAUGUCACCACCCGGAGCAUCAUGGUGACUGUCACAGAUUUGAGAUGA